AUGUCGUUGGCGUCAAGCAUGGCGUUGCCGGCCACAGGCCCGGAGACCCGCCUGCUAUGUCGAGCCAACAAGCUCAACAUUCCGACUUGCGGUAUUGCACCAGGUUACCUUCAAGUCAACCUCAUCGUGCUGCCCUCUCGCUUCGCUGAAGACUUCGCCAUAUUCUGCGCAAGAAAUCCAGUCCCUUGCCCACUACUAGCACGCUCUGCCAAACCAGGCGACUUCUCAAACUUUGUGUCCCACAUUCCCGGAGUCUCGAACGAUCAGAUCGCAUAUGGUGUCGACAUCCGCACCGACGCCGCCAGAUACAACGUCUACGUGGACGGCAAGCUGAAGGAGACUUCUAUCAUGGACAUCAAGAGUCAUUGGGACGACUCGGAUCACGUAGCCUUUAUGAUCGGCUGCUCGUACAGCUUCGAAAGUGCUCUUUCUGCUGCUGGGCUUCCGCCUCCGCACUGUGUUCUCUCGAGGAAUGUCUCAAUGUACCGCAGCAUCCUACCUCUCUGCCCUUCUGGACCGUUCACGAGUUCAACCUUCGUCGUCUCGAUGCGUAUGUAUCGCAAAUCCGAAGUGGAGAAGGUCAGGGACAUCACUCGGCCGUACGUGGCUACACAUGGUGAGCCAGUGGCAUGGGGAUGGGAAGGCAUGCGGGGCUUGGGGAUCACGGACGUGAACGAUGUACAGUGGGGUGAUCCGCCGCUCACAGGGGAAGGGAAGCCGCCUGUGGAGUUCGCGGAGACAAAGAGGUUGGACGGGUACGUGCCGGUUUUCUGGGGAUGUGGCGUUACUCCACAAGAGGCUGUAUGUCGAGCCAAGAUUCCGGGAGUGGUGAUGGGCCAUGCUCCGGGCUACAUGAUUGUGCUGGAUGUCAAAGAGGAGGACAUUUUGCACAAGCACUAA